AUGAGAGGUGGUAGUUUACUGAUAGAAGUGUUAUUAGUUUUUCUGUGGUGUUGUCUGAGUACUGCCGUGGCAGGUAAUGCUGGAAACUCCCCUGAUUGUAAAUUAGAGUAUUUCCAAAGUUUAACUAAGGACUUAAAGAAAUUUGACAAUUCAGAUUUAUCGAAAUAUCAGAAUAUUGCAUCUAAACUGGAGAAUUGUCUCAGUGAAUCUAGAACUGACCUUUAUUUAUUCAAAAAUGAAAUUUAUUAUAAGAUGGGCCUCAUUCAUUUGUCCAUGGGGAAUGACAUGAAAGCUAUGAAUGCAUUUGAAGAAUUACAAGGUCUAGGGGAUUCAUAUUAUAACUUGAGUAAAGAUAGAUUGAGUGAUUUAUAUACUGAGUUUGGUCUGUGGGACCAUCUAAGGAUGUUAUUACCAGAUGAUGACACGGGCGAUAUAUUUCGAAGUUUAAAUUCUACUUUAUAUCAAAAAAUUAAUGAUCCAACCAAGUUUUCUACAAUUGAUGAUGAGUUAGUACCAAUGUUAAAUAUAUCUCCUUAUGAUAUCGAAACUUUGACCAUUAGAGCAGAUUUCUUAUUCCAUAAAUUGAUCGAAUCAGAACAUUUUAAUGAUUUAACAGUAGCUUAUGAAAUUGCAAGAAUAUUUGAAACGAUAUUGGAAAAACAUAAGAUUAGGUUGUCAUUAGAUAAAAGAAUCCAAAUGCAUUAUACAAUUUCAUUGUUACAAUUAUUAGUUCUAAAUAUUGAACCAACACAACAUAUACGAAAAUGUUUAGCAAUAGAUAUGGACUAUAAGCCAUGUAAAGAAUUAAGUCUUUUGGUAUCAAGAUUAAACAAGAUAAAUCCUACAAGAGCUCAAUUGUUUGAUACACAGACAUAUAUCUCAAAAAAUGACAUCGAUUGGGAUAAAAUAGUUAAUUAUUAUAUGAUAAAGAAGAGGGAUGGAGUUAUCAAUUAUGAAUGGAUUAGAAAUAAAAUUGUUCAGCUGAUAAAUGAUAAUACCGAUUUAUUGGUUAAAGAUAGAGCGAUAACAAAUCAUUUAUUUGAAACUUGUGUCAAAGAACCCCUAGUCGAUAAUGCUGAUAAUUUUGCGUUUUUCAGAUAUUUAGAAAUCAUUUUAUGUCAAGCUAAUAUGGAAUUAUCUUUAAGUAAUAGUAAAAAUAGGGAAAAUUACAAAAAAAACAUGGAUCGGAUUUGUAAAAAAACCCUAAAGGACACUUUAACUGCAGAAGAAUGGGGUGAUUUUAUUAAUGUGUUAAAUAAGAAGGAUGCCCAAUUAUCUGAAGAAUUCCUGAACAAGAUAUGGAACAUGUACCCUACAUUAUCCAUAUACAUGAUUAGUAAGAUUAUUUCUAGGAAAAACUUCAAACAAUUCAAUGGUCAAUUACAAGAUUUAAUCAUUAAAUUCUUUAAUGAUAAUAAUCUCUUCAAUACAAUGAACCCUUUUAUUCAAAAGGAGGCCUCUGUCGUUCAAAAGAUUCAAGACAAGAAACAAAAAUUGAAUGAACAGAGACAAAGACAAAGACAACAACAGCAACAACAACAACAGAGACAAUUCUUCCAACAGUUUGGUCAACAACAGCAACAUCAACAACGUGCACCACCCCCACCACCAGCACAUAAUACAGAUAAAGAUUAUUAUAAAAUAUUGAAUGUUUCAAAGGACUCGAACUCUAAAGAGAUAAGAAAAGCUUAUUUGAACCUAACUAAAAAAUAUCACCCCGAUAAACAAGGAAGCCUAUCAGAGAAUGAUCAAAAGAAAAUUCAUGAAAAGAUGAGUGAAAUAAAUGAAGCUUAUGAAAUCUUGAGUGAUGGUAGCAAGCGUACGGACUAUGACAACAGUAGGAAUGGAGGUGGCGCUGGUGGCCAUCACAGACAACAAGGUAAUGGUAACGAUUGGUUCAAUUUCCAAGCUCAAGGAAACCCAUUCCCAUUCGGAAACAUGAGAGGAGGUUUUUAA